CAACCGUUAACUUCUCUACUUCCAUCAGGGAAAUGGCUCAAAAGACGUUUUCCAUCAGUGGAUGUGAAAAAGCCAGUUGGUUGAAAGUUCCUUGAAGUUGCGCCGCUUGCCUCGGGGAUUUACAUUCCCACUCUCCACCUUUGGAGAGGAGUGGGACUGCACAACGAGAUUAUUCAUUUCAUGUCUUCUGUGCCGAUUGAGAACUCACCAAAUCCAGGUGAAUGUAUAGCAUGAUGAUGGAAACGGACUUGCACUCCCCCGGACCCCAGACUAAAACCAAUCCGGGACAAACGGGUCCAAAUAGCGGGAGCAAAGCCAACCAAGACCGGGUCAAGAGGCCGAUGAAUGCUUUCAUGGUGUGGUCGCGGGGUCAGAGGAGAAAGAGCCAAGAGAACCCCAAGAUGCACAACUCGGAAAUCAGCAAAAGACUAGGCGCCGAAUGGAAAGUCAUGUCCCGAGCGGAGAAGAGACCCUUCAUCGACGAGGCCAAGAGGCUGCGCGCCAUGCACAUGAAGAGCACCCCGGAUUACAAGUACAGACCCCGACGGAAGACCAAGACCCUCCUGAAAAAGGUCAACUCGCUGGCGGGCGGGCUGCUGGCAGCCGGAGCGGGGGGGGGCAGCGCCGUCGGAGUGUGACUCGGAGUCGGCAUGAGUCCCGUGGGAGUCGGGCAACGACUGGAGAGCCCGGCCCACGGGGGCGCCGCCAACUGCCGCUACGCGCACAUGAACGGUUGGGCAAACGGGCGCCUACUCGGGCCCGGUGGCCGCGGCGGCGGGCGGGCGGCGGCGAUGAUGCAAGAGGCACAAUUAGCCUACAGCCAGCACCCGGCUACGGGGGGCGCACCACCACACACCACGCUCACCACCAUCUCACACCCCCACAACCCGCAGCCCAUGAACCGCUACGACAUGUCCGCCCUGCAGUACAGUCCCAUCUCGAACUCUCAGAGCUACAUGAGCGCCUCUUCCGUCGGGCUACGGCGGCUUAACCUACACCAGCAUCAUAGCUCGGGGGUCGCCUCCUCGGGCACCAUCGGCACCCUGGGCUCGUUGGUCAAGUCGGAGCCGAGCGUCAGCCCCCCGGUCAGCUCCCACUCCCGGGCGCCUUGCCCAGGGGACUUGAGGGAAAUGAUAAGCAUUGUAUUGCCGACGGGAGAAGCCGGUGAUCCAUCGGUGCAGAACAGACUGCACGCGCUGCCUCAACACUACCAGAGCGCCAACGGGGUAAACGGAACGGUCCCGUUGAUCGCAUAUCUAAAGUGAGCGCGACAGCGACGGCGGGCGACAGCAAAACGACACAUAACCAAAUAUUUACCUCUUUUUUUAGACUCUAUCUGAACUACUUUUUGUACAGAAUGUUUUUGAUGUUAAUGUAAAUGAAAGGUAAAGAUGGUUUCGAUGCCUUUUUAGGGAGCGCUAGGGUAUCAAGCAGGUAUGGCAUUUUAGAAUGCUUUUUGUUUUAUGAAACACUUUUUUUGCACAGUUGCAAUCAAACAAUGUUACUUUUCAGUUAACAGAGAUGACAAUGCCAGUUAAAUGUGAUUUUAUGAGAAGCAUAACAUAGUCUGUUGUUCAAAAAAAUGUAACCAUCGAAAUUUAAGUCCUGUGCAAAAUUAUUUAAUAGGAAGCAAAAAAAAAAAAAAAAAAAACUAAAAGCUAUUUUAUCAAGCCUCGUUUUAGCUGUGUACAAUACAGAGACAAAUUAAAGGUGUUUUUACAAGUUUCUAAAAACCCUUUUUUUUCAUUUGACAUUCAGGACGUUUGUAAUCAUGUGACUUUCUGUAUCUGGAUUAUUUACUUUUUUGUUGUAGAUAUUUCCUGUAAAUUGUGUAAAUAAUUUUUAAUAUUCCUAGAAAUUGGCAAGCACCUAAAGCUGUGGUAAAUAGUUUACUAAAUGCAUUUCUGCCACAAAAAAAGAGAAAAGAAAUCUUGAAAUGGCGUUGAAUUAUGAGUUGAAUAAAUUUAUGAAAAUUUAAAUCUGCAUCUGAUAUAACCG